AUGUGUGAUAUGAAGGGGGGGACGCCCCCGUCCCAGAUGACGAAAACAUUCUGUUCGUCUGGCCGCUGUCGUCCCUCCUUCCUCAAUCGUAAUCGCUCCUCCUGCACGCCACGCCCCCGUCCCAGAAGACGAAAACAUUAUGUUCUUCUGGCCUUCCACUCUCGGUAUCAUGUCCCGGAUGAUAUCAUGGGGAUUAUGGAGACGCGGGCAUGCCGGAGCUCGGCAGUGCGUUACCCCUGCCACGAGACGUUGGCAGACCACUCUUGGCACCCUCAGCACCCUCGGCACCCUCAGCUCAACUUCCCAAUCAAGAAGCCCGCUCUUCAUAUCCUCCGCUGCCAGCGUCUGGCCAAGCUCCAGCACGCCGCCAGAUCGACAUGACUGACCCUCAGGGCACGUCGCCAUCGCAAUACGCACAUCACGUCCAUCACGGAACUACAUCCGAAUAGGCAGUUGUCACUUUGCCUCCCCUAAUGGUUCACCGUCCAAAGCUCCCAUGAGCCCAAUCUCGCAAGAUCGGGUCCUGGCCUGUUCCUGGCGAACCUUCUAUAAAGCUCAGCGGAUGUCCCGCCUCCAGUCUCACCAUCAUCCUCAUCCACAUCUCUUCAUCACAUCACCAGUCCUCCGCCGAACAUCAUGAAGUUCUCCCAGAGUCUCAUUGCCCUCGCGGCCUGCUUCCUGCCUCUCAUCGCCGCUGCUCCUGUGGAGGCACAGCACGCCAAGAUCCGCAGCCCUAGAGCCCAGGAUAUCAUCCCAGACAGCUACAUAGUUGUCUUCAACAAGGGCGUCAACGAUGCCGAUAUUGAGUCCGAGUUUUCCUCCGUCAGCCGCAUCCUGAGCAAGCGCAGAUCUGCCCACAAGGGUGUUGGCCACAAGUACAACAUCACUGGCUUCAAGGGCUACCAGAUCGAGACCGACACCGGUAGCAUCGGUGAGAUCGCCGCGUCGCCUCUGGUCGCGUGGAUCGAAAUGGACGGAAAGGUCCAAGCUAAUGCUCUCGAGACCCGCUCUGGUGCUACAUGGGGUCUCGGCCGCAUCUCCCACAAGGCGACUGGCUCCAACAGCUACAUCUACGAUGGCUCCGCUGGCUCGGGAUCAACCGUCUACGUUCUUGACACCGGCAUCUACAUUGAGCACUCGGAGUUCGAGGGCCGUGCCAAAUGGGGCGCAAACUACAUUUCGGGCUCCCCGGACACUGAUGAGAACGGACACGGCACUCACUGUGCCGGCACCAUCGCUGGCGCCACUUACGGUGUUGCCAGCAAGGCGAACCUAGUCGCCGUCAAGGUCCUCGACCGUGAUGGGUUCGGCGCCACCUCUGCCACCAUUGCCGGCAUCAACUUUGUUGGCCAGAACGGCAAGGAUGGCAAGUCUGUCAUCUCCAUGUCGCUCCGCGGCCACUACUCCGCUGCCGUCAACUCUGCUGUCGAAUCCACCGUCUCCAAUGGCGUCACCAUCGUCGUCGCUGCCGGUAACGACGGUGACGAUGCCUCCAACUACUCGCCCGCCUCUGCCAAGAAUGCCAUCACAGUCGGUUCCGUCGAUAGCACCGACACCCGCGCUAGCUCCUCCAACUACGGCUCCGUCGUUGAUAUCUUUGCCCCAGGUGUUAACGUGAAGUCCGCAUCGAUCGGCGGCAAGUCUGCCUUCAGCAUCAAAUCCGGAACCUCCAUGGCCACCCCCCACGUCGCCGGUCUCGCCGCCUACCUCAUCGGUCUUGGUGGACUUAGCUCCCCAGCCGCCAUCGCUUCCAAGAUCGCGUCCAUCGGUACCAAGGGCUCCGUCAAGGACCCUAAGGGUAGCGUCAACCUCAUUGCCUACAACGGCAACGGUGCUUAAAUUUCUCGCUUUUUGAGAGUUGAGAUGAUGGUGGAGGGAUGAGGAUUUAUGGAUCAUGAAUUUAUGGGGGAUGGAGACGGACUUAUCUUCUAAAAUCUAUAUAUUGGUUUUGUUUGGAUAGCUUAGCUAGCUAGUUGGUGGUGUGGAGGUUGUGGUAGAAUUCAGUAAACCUGUUUGGUAUAACGUGGUUUAUCAGCAUGUCGCGCACUUUUCACCAACCUACUACUUCAAAAUACAAUUAAACGACCAUAACAUACAAUAUUCAUUAAACUACUCAGAAUCUGAUGAACUAGACAUAUUUACACCUUCGGGAUAAGUUGGCGCAUAAUGACCAGUCUUUCCGCAAUUGCCACAACGUCGUGUAGUCAAUUGCCCCUCA